UUGAGCACGUCGUUAGGUUGUAUUAUUAUUUAUUAUUCCUUAUAUUUUGUUAGGUUAUUUCCCAUAGUCAAAUUUGAGCGGCUCAUUGCGGAAUGACUUAAUUUUUCAUGUGAACGUGGAUAUCUCGUAGUUCAUACUAAUAUAGGAACCAUAUUAGGUACCAUGACAAAAUUGUUUUCAGAUAGAAUUGUCUCUCAUAAUUUUGAUUAUUCUGUAACGUCUUGAGUUUUCAUUUACUGUAUGCGCAAGCCCUCAGCCGUUUUGGGACAGACUAUCACCGUCUUGGAUAGGCAUAUGAGAGGUGCUUAAUAUAUGUACGCGAAUGGGACGAGUCGAUGUGUGAUACUGUGAUGCUGAAUUUGCAGGUCACUUAGGAGUUAGGAUGCUUGGCGUAUGCCCGCGAGAACGAGUGCGAAUAGGACAAGUCGGUGUGCGAUCACGCUGCACUUAUAGUGGCCGUUUAAACUGUCUAAUUUUUGCCCUUCAGAACGGGUGUGAGCAGGCCCAACUAGAGGGGGGGGGGCACUCGGGUAUUUGUCCCCGGGGCCCGGAAGAAUAACUGUAUCAAUUUUAUAGAAGCUUUUUCAAAAUGGUGCAACGUACAAAUAAAUAUCUGUACGUUGUAUCAAUAUUGAAAAUCCUUCUACCAUCAAUGAUAAAUUGGACAAAUUAUUUAAAGUUGUAUAUGACAUGAAAUCUACUCAAAACAAACUAAUUACUUCAUUCAAUGCUUACCGUGAUGAGAAGAAAAACCACGACAGUAAAUUCACUGAUAUUGAAGGUAAAUUAGAUAUUAUUACCAAGCAUUUUAAUGACUUGCUUAAUGAAAACAAAGCUUUGAAAAAUCAAAUUGAAAUUAUUUGUUCUAAGUUGGUUGUACUUGAAGCACGUAACUCUACUCCACCAGCAAAUCAUGAAGAAAUCUUAUCUGAAAUUAUAGACCGCCAAGCUAGAAGCCGUAAUUUAAUUUUAUUUAACGUUCAUGAAAACAAAACUGAUUCUCUAAACGAAAUUCAAGUAGUUUCUGAGUUAUUCCGUCAAAUUGGUGUUACCACUGUUCCAUUAAAUGUUCUCCGUCUUGGUAAGAUUUCUAAUAAUUCUCGGCCUAUCCGUGUUACACUACCAAAUCAACAUGAUAUUUUUAACGUACUAAAAAACAAAUUUAAGUUACGUCAAUCUGAAAACUUAAAACACAUCAGUAUAUCUACAGAUCGAUCUUUAGGGCAACGUAAAUAUUUCAAAGUUGUGCUAGAUGAGCUUAACACCAGAAAAGCUGCUGGUGAAAAUGAUAUAUUUAUCAAAUACAAUAAUAACAUUCCGUUCAUUUCAAAAAACUGCCGAAACUAAGACCAAGUUCCUAUAAUC